AUUGGCCGGGUCUAAUGCGCAUGAAUAGUGUGAGAGACGACAUGGUCACAGAUGGCACAUUAUUGUCCGAUCAUAUUCUUAAAAAACACCAUCUGUCGUAAACUUGUCCUCUAUUGAGUCGGGUCUUUUGGGGGAGGCUUACAAGGACUACAAGGACUACAAGGACUUUGACCGAAUUUUGAACAUUUUUGAUGAAAUUUAAAUCUCGCCACGUCAGUUGGAUCCAAAGAUUACGGGAAGAUUGCGGGAAACGCAGCGGACUAAAACGACGAGAGUCAUCAAAUCAUCACAAUCACCAAUCACCAAAAUGUAAAAAAUGGCAUUUCGAGGCGCGUAUUACUUACUGGUAUUCAAAACAAUAUUGAGUUUAGACAUUUCAGAAAUAUGCAUUCAGUGAGGUAGAAGGUGACCAGAGAAGAUGUCAUCCAGUGGGAUCAGCGAUGGUGUUAAGUAUGGUCUGAUCGCGGGGGCAUGUGGUGGGGCCCUGGUCCUCACCAUCGUGGUACUGGUCACCUGUGCUUGCAGGAGGAAGAAGAGAAAGAACAGCGACACCUAUGACACACUGAGUGAAAGAAGCUCGUUGCACAGCGUGGAUGAUUCAUCCCCCGUGGUGACUUUAGUCCGGGAGCAAUCGCAAACAAGUGCAAAAGACCCCCGCCCACCUGUCAUUCAAUCACCCCCUUACACGAGCAGUGACUCGAUCAAAUCUCCCAGAGCAUCUCUGAAAGAUUUCACGCGGACCAUCCCUAUGACCGGGGACACUGUGGAGAAUAUCCGUGGCCUUCCCACCCCCACCGACUUCUGCCUGCCUCCCGAGAGGGUCCAGCCGGGCAGCAACGGCGCCACUAAAACGCAUUACCAGCAAUUCGUUGGACAUAUCGAACCAGAGCUUUAUAGGAACGACAUGUCCGUUAGCUCUGUGUCCGACGACGAUGACGACUUGAGUGCGGGAAAGAUUUGGUAUACGCUUCUUUAUGAUGCCUUGGCAGAAGAACUAACUGUCAAAGUGAACAAGGCUAAAUUCUUACCAGGUCGGGAUCGUCAAAACACACCGAGGGAUCCAUUUGUGAAAGUCUACCUCCUCCCAGAUGAGCAGACGUUUUUCCAGACAGCACACAGGAAAAAGACUCUCUCCCCGAAAUUCAACGAAACUUUUACAUUCAGUGUAACUCCUACAGGGAUCCGUGAACGGACCCUCCGGCUUUCCGUGUACGAUAUAGACAAACGGUCAGUGCGACACUGUCUUGGACAUGUCCUCGUACCGUUCAGUACGGUGGACAUCGUCAGCGGGGAGGAGGCGUGUGGAGAACUGGCAUCGCUGUCACAGCCUUCCGAACUUGGAGAGAUCAACUUCUCUCUCAGCUACAUCCCGAGCGCGGAGAAGAUCAAGAUAGUCAUAAUGAAGGCCAGGAACCUUAAGAAGAUUGACCUUUCUCCAGACACAGGUGUAUACAUCAAAGUUCAACUGAUUUGUGGUCGAAAGAUGAUCAAGUCGAAGAGGACACGGGCACUCGAAGGGUCUUGUGAACUCGAACACAACGAAAACAUGGCUUUUACCGUCACAUCAAAGCAGAUUGAUUCCUGCAGUAUUGUAGCAACCGUCAUGACAACGACACAGAAGAAACUCGGACACUAUGACCAGAUCUAUGGGUCGUGCACGGUUGGACCAUUCAUGUUUGCCCGUGGCGAUCAGCUGGCACAUUGGCAGGAGAUGCUGAACAACCCAAGGACAACUAUCACCAAAUGGCACCACCUCCAAUGUUAAAUCAUUCCCUGUCAAGACAAGAAUGGGAAUAUCGCAGAAUGAUCUGCUUCAGUGUGUAUGUGCCAUACUUGACAAUGAGGUAUGGUACCUUUCAACUGGUCUGCUCUCGGGACAUGGCCAUAGAAUCAUAGGCAGGAGUAGCAGAACUGUUGCCAAGGACUGUGCUCGUCCUCUCCUUUCGUGACAGGAUCAGCAUUUUGGACUUGCAGCAACCAUUAAAACAUGAGAUUAGAAAGAACCCACUUCAGAAAACCUAUGACAUUGUAAGAUACAAACACUUCAGGCUAACUUAACACUUUGCUUGGCCAAGAAGAGAAAGUUUUGAACAAUCUUUUUGAGAAGCUUUUAGUUUAAUCAAUCUCACAGUAGGACAAAUCUUGACAUAAGAAGGCAUAAUAAAAGUUUAUUUUUGCACAGCAUAUCACUGAUUUUGGAUGAUAUACGAUUUAUGUGUGGGCAGUCAGAAUUAGUUGUUAGCCUCAGGUUUUCAUAGCUAGGACCAAUCAUUUCUGGAAUGGCUUAUACUUUAUUAGAUACUACAUCAUAUAUAUACAUGGUAUGUUCUGGGCAGGGAAUUACAGGGGGACACCAGAAGUCUUGUUGUUCACCUUUUAGUAAAAUGGGGUAAACAUUGCAUUUGGCCUAAUUUGUCCAUUCUGUUUAAUAUUUUGGUGGCAUUUGGAUAUUAUCAAUCUUUGUGCAGACCUCAAAUAAAAACAGAAACAUGUGAUGAUUAUUAUGUUUGAAAUAUAGAAGCUAUAUAGAGGGACUUGUAUGAGGUGUGUGGGUUUAGAGGACUAAUGGCUGUUAGCUUAUCAGUUUUCCUUGGUGUGUUUAUUUUGACUGCAGCAUAGACCCUCAGGACUAAGUCAGUCACUACAGGGUGUAACAAUAAUUAGCUGAAGAAGCUAGACGUCUGGCAUCACUGAAGCUGACAAAGCGUGUUGGUUUUGCUGUUCGUGAAAUGAAUCCCAAGUUAGAGCUGUCAUAUGAUGGCAAUGGUACAUGUAAUGUCACAAAUAGGGAGUUUUCCCAAUCAGCAGGCAGUAUUUUGAGAUUUGAAAUCAGUAUUGUUUGACAAAUUAUUGUGUGUUUGUGUGUGUGUGUGGUGUAUUGGAGUGGAAAUAAAAGGUAACAAAACCUCCCAAAA